AUGGGCGACUGGUCAUUCCUGGGGCGGCUUCUCACUGAAGUCCAGAACCACUCCACUGUCAUCGGCAAGAUCUGGCUCACCGCCCUCCUCAUCUUCCGCAUCCUCCUGGUCACUCUGGUGGGCAAUGCAGUCUACGGGGAUGAACAGUCCAAGUUCACCUGUAACACCCUCCAGCCCGGCUGCACCAACGUCUGCUACAACAGCUUCGCCCCCAUAUCUCACCUCCGCUUCUGGAUUUUCCAGAUUGUCCUGGUGGCCACGCCCUCCAUCUUCUACAUCGUCUGCGUGAUGCACCAGGUGGCCCUGGAGGAGUGGAUAGAUGUGGAGAGGGACCGCCUGCUGGAGCUGUGGCAAAAGCAGGCAACUUCUCACCAGGCCUUUCCGCAGUCAGACUCUGGGGUCCUGGUGCCCUCCAGCUCCUUCGAGAGCCAGAGCCUGGAGGAGGCCGAGGAGAUCCUUCCAAAGCAUGCCGGCGCCACAGCUCAGGACCCCAUCCAGCUGGCCAACCGGGUGUUGGUCAUUUAUAUUGCCCACGUGGUGCUGAGGUCCUUCCUGGAGCUGGGAUUCCUAGUGGGGCAAUAUUAACUGUUUGGGUUUAACGUGCCCCAUUUAUACCGCUGCGAAACCUACCCGUGUCCCACCAAGACAGACUGCUUUGUCUCCAGGGCAACAGAGAAAAUGAUCUUCCUGAAUUUUAUGUUCGGGGUGGGGCUUGGCUGUUUUCUUCUGAACUUGGCAGAGCUGCAUUACCUGGGCUGGCUCUUCACCUUCCGGACGCUCUUCAAGGCUUGUGUCAAUUGCUGCCAAUAUCUGGGGAAGGCUUCCCCACCCCACAGGCCCCAACUUCUGCCCCUUCUGGACUCUAGUCAGGAUGGGAUGCUCCUGGAGGCCUCCUUGCUGCCUGCAUGGGGGUCAGGGCAUCCCCGGCCACAGCAUACAGUGAUCCCUGUGACCAUGGAUGCAGGGCAGUCAGCUUUGGAGGGACAUAGGGACCACAAAUCUAAACAGGAAAAGCCCCCCAAAAUGUCCCCUAGAAAAAAAUCCUGGUUAUAGUCACCCCCCCCCCACCCCCACCCCAGUACUCUAACCUAGAUACCAGGUAGGGGAGAGUAGCUACAAACAGUGGCCAAUCACAGCCUGGUCACAUGGUCACUUCCCUCCUCUCCACUGUGUAUCUAGAAAGUGGUCCCUACAUGCAUUCAGAAGAAAAACCUUCUCGGACUGGAGUAACUGACCCUCAUGGGCAUCUUUGCUUAUUUUCCCACCUAGAUACGUGGAAUUCAAGUCAGUUUUGAUUCUUUCUCCUCUCUCCCCUCACAUUGUCAAUGUACAUCUCAUUUUUUACCCCUUCCUUUCUGUUCCCAGAUACAUGUCGGUUGAAUCUAAUUCUUAUCCCUCCUAGACCAUUAAGUCCUCAGGUCCUUGGCGGCCUUAGCCUGGGCCUCGAGGCCACGUGGGGCCCUCUCGGCCCUCUAGUUCAGCCCUUUGACUGAAUCCAUCGGUCAAAUGGUCACACUUGAGGACACAGGUUCCCCACCCCUGGCCCAGGCUCUUGUGAUCCUGUCUCAAACAGCCUCUGCAAUCCAUCCCACAUACUGGAGGAAAGAUUAAUCUGAAGACACAGUUCUGCACAUUUAAUUCAAUGUAUUUAAACAAUUCAAAGAAUGUUUUUUCAAUAGCUACUCUGACCAAAAGUCUUGUGCUGGCUGCUAGGGGAGACGUGACCUCAUGGGGCUUCUGGUCUAGUAGUGAAGACAUCUGCAGACAACUAGGACCCACAUAUUUAUGCCUUCAAAUUUAAAUUUCAAAUUCAGCAAAUAUUUAUCCAGCAAUUUCUAUUUGUAAGACAUGGUGCUAAGUUCUGGGGGUACAAAAUUUAAAAAAUGAUCCCGUCUUUGCCUUCAAGCUAAUUAUGAGUACAUAUGAUAAGUUCACUCAAUACAUAUCAACGAGCAUUUAUUUAUGAAACAGCUGCUAUAUGCCAGGCACUGCGCAAUGCCCGUAGGCUACAAAGAAAGAAAUGAAACAGUCCCUGCCCUCCAGAAGCUUACAUUCUAGCCCGGGGAGACAACAUAGACAUAGUAAAUAUGGAGAGGACAUAUUCAAAAUAAAUGCUAGGUGUUUGGGGAGGGAAGGAGGGAGGAAGGAGGAACCAAGCUGUUGGAGGAAAGGCUUCAUAUAGAAGGGAGCAGUUCCCCUGAGCCUUGAAGGAAACUAGAGAGUCUAAGAGGUAGAUAUGAAAAAGGAGCACAUUUCAGGCACGUAGGACAACCAGGACAAAGGCACGUAGUUGGGAAAUGAAGUAUAAUGUCCAAGGAACGGUAAGAAAGUCAGUUUGGCAGGUGCACAGUGCACGUGAAUGAUGUUAAAGUGCAGUGAGGCUGGAAAGGCUUUGGGGGGCCCACUUGUUAUUUAAAUCCCUACCAGAAAAGUUGAUGUUUUAUCUCAGAAGUAAUUGGGAGUCAUUGGAAUGUACUGAGUAGGGAAAUUACAUUAGCCACACCUGUGUGGUUGUAUGGACUACAGACUGGAGAGGUAGGGAGGCUGAGAAGGAGGCUAUUGCCAUAGUCCAGGUGAGAGGUGAUGAGGGCCUGGACAGAGCCUGGUAGCCUGGUGAGUGAUGAGGAGGGGAAGGACAAAAGAGAGAGUGCUAUGUUAGCAACAAUGAUUUCAGUGACCAUUGGCUAUGUGGGGUAGGUGAGUGUGAGGGUGAGGAGUCAAGGCUGAGGCCAACAAACUUGGGGGCAAACCUGGAUGACUGAGCAGAAAUAGGUGCAAAGCAAUGUGCUGAAGUUCAAGGGGAAGGCUGGUGGCAACAGGGCCAUGUUUGAGGAUUUCUCUCUUUUUAAAAAUAUUUUUAAAUU